ACAGGUGAGCGCUGGUGCUCUCCAAAGGAGAGGCAACUUCCAGAGUUUAUUUCCAGCUUUGCAGCCACUUCACUCUACAGCUUUCAGUGCUGAGCUUCUGGGAGCCAAAUAGGACUCACCGCUGUGUUUUUGUGCUGCACGAAGGCUGCGGCUAACAAGAUGGCUGGAAGACCUGAGAAGCGUUUGUCUUUGAUUAGAUUCACUCUCCUCUGUCUGAAAAUGGUUAUUUCAUCUAAAACAGCUCCUGAAAUACCAACUAUUGAUCAGGCAUAUUCAAAAAUUAGCAAUAGUAUCACUGUAGAGUGGACUACCGUGCCAGGGGCCACAAGUUACUUGCUCACAGCUGAAGAUGGGAACACAAUCAUUGAGACCACAGUGGCUAAUUCCCCAGGGACGGUGACAGGCCUGAAGGCUGCAACCUUGUACCAAAUCACCAUCAGAUCCAUCAGCGCCUCUGGACGAAGCCAGGCAUCAUCUCCAAAGCAAGCAAAGACAGUGUUGGCUGCCCCAGUUCUGGAGGUUAGCUCUCCAAGUCCAGACUCAAUCCUUGUGAGCUGGGACGCCGUAUACAUGGCGAUCGGAUUCUCCGUGUCUGUUAUGCGAGCCAACGGCUUGGGUAGAAUUUGGAAAGAGAAUACUACAAACACCUCCCUGACCUUCAGCAGUCUGGAUGCCGGGACUCUCUACACUAUAAAGGCCUACGCGUGGAAUGCCAAUGGAAUCCCCGGGGAUGACUCCACCCGCAAUCAGAGAACCAGUCCUCGUGCCCCUGCCAACAUUCAAGUCUUCUUUGACAGCGGGGCCCUAAAGGCGUCUGUUUCGUGGACCCCGACAGAAGGAGCGUUCAACUACACUGUGGUGGCAUCGAGUGAUUCUUCCCAACGCAGCUGCAGCACAACUCUCAGCUCCUGUAGCAUUAGUUCCUUGCAGUGUGGAAAAGAGUACCAGAUUUCUGUCUCAUCAAAUAACGAUGCUGGGUCCAGCAAGUCCUGCUCUGCACCAACCCUGAAGACUGUUGCUUGUGCACCUGGAAGGGUGAUGAUCCAGGAAGAGCCCCCUGGUCACUUGUCUGUGGCUUGGUCCAAUGUGGAGCUGGGUGACUAUUAUGUGGCUUUCGUGAAGAGUGAUGAUGGCUUGGAGGUACACUGCAAUACCUCCCUCACCCAGUGCAACUUCUUGUCUGAGUGUGGCUUCACGUACUUCAUUAGUGUGUUUGCCUAUAACAAGGCAGGGCAGAGUCCUCUGGGCGAUGUAUUCAAUUACACUACAGCUCCGUGUUGUCCUAAUGACAUUAGCCCAGUGUUGGUGUCCAGUGACAGGGUGGAAAUUACCUGGUCUCCUGUGCGUGGUGCUGAACUCUAUGAAACCAAGGCCAUAGCUGGGUAUAGCGUUGUGGAGUGCAACGACACCGCUCCUGCUUGCACUCUCUCUGCCUUGGAGUGUGACACCAAGUACAAUGUCACAGUGUAUUCCUUCAGUGAGGUCCGAGGCAGCAAUCUGUCAUGCUCUUCCCACUUUAUCACCACAGCUCCUUGCAGUCCUGAAAUAAAAAAUAUUUCGAAGGAUGCGUUCUCUAUGAUCAAUGUGCGCUGGCGAUCAACUAAUGAAGGCGCCACUUACACGGUGACGGCCCAGGGGAAGAAGGGGUUGUUCCAGUGCAGCAGCACCGGGGAGACCUGCAGGAUGGGGGGCCUGCCCUGCGGCUCCAUGUUCUCUGUCACUGCUGUGGCCGAAACUCAGGCGGGAAAGAGCCUGCCCAGCUACAGUGUGCCCCUGGAAACAGUGCCCUGCUGUCCAACUGGUCUGACAGCAGCUCAGGUCACCCAGUCUAUAAUCAACGUGAGCUGGACUAUUGGGGCAGUGGCUCAAACCUAUGUGGCAGUGCUGGAGUCAUACAUCGGACAGUCUAAGUGUCACACCCAUCAAAACCACUGCCUUCUGGGAUGCAUCACAUGUGGCAUCAACUACACGGUGGCAUUAAAAGCCAUUAGUUCCACGGGACUGACUGCAGAUUGUGCCUAUCAAAGUUAUUCUUCUAGUGUCUGUUGCCCACUGGGGGUCAAAUUAUAUAGGCUGGGCCCUAAUGGCAUCCGGAUCUACUGGCAAGCCUCCAGGGGCGCUGCCAAUUAUAGCACCGACCUCUAUGGUUCCAAAGGCAUCUUUACAUGUGCCCCACAUGCCGGUCUAAGUUUCUGUGACAUCACCAACAUCCCCUGUGGGGACGUUUACACCGUGAUGGUCUCACCAGUUGCUGAAACAGGACUGAAGCUUACUUUCUGCCCGAAAAAAAUAUACUCAGUUACCUGUUCUGGCAGUACUCUUGGAAUGGUGAUUUACAGAGGGAAGAGGAACGAUACAGCGAGCCCCAGGUAAAUACAGAUACUCCACAAGGGUCCCUGUGUUGUUAGUGAGCAGCCAUGGAAACUCGCUAUUAGAACACAAAGUACCGUAGGCUAGGCAAAGCUCCUUUGCGCUUUAAAGGAGGAACUCAGACUGUUUGGAGAGGACAAGGUCAAGUGUGUCGUCGGCUGCAGAGAAGUUCAAGAUGAGCUGUGGAGAGGAGAGGACUCCACAGAGGAAAGGCCCAGAAAGUCCCCUGGAAGGUUGCCAGACCGAGUCAGCACACUGUCACAGCCUGGAUGCAUAAAAGCCAUGCUUAGCAGAAACUUGUUUGGAGGCCACAGAAUGUCGCCUAUCCCAAAGCCACGUAGCCCAGGCCGGCCUUGAAGUCUCAAUCCUUCUGCCUCAACCUCCCAACGUGCUCGGGUUACGGGCAUCCACCAUUAUGCUCCAUCACAAACUUUAAUACUUCCUGGCCAGGGGUCUCUCAAAAGCUUCCCUACAGCAUCCUCUCCACAGAAGGAUGGAAGUGCACACCCCCAGUCAAGCCAUCCUCCAGAGGACAGCAUUCACCCCAAGACAGGCCUUUGUAGAGGCCUUUAAGCUUGAGUCUAGAGCAGCUGCUGCUAGGGCAACUGUGUGGUAACAAACGCCUUCGGCCCAGGUUCCCGGGGAAGCUGAGCUGCCUGCAGACUUCACUGAGUCAGAGAGCGCCAUGUGAGCAGACAUCUGCCAGAGCCUUUGGGAAAGCAGAAGCGUAGGUCUGUGGCUGGAAAGACUGCCAUCACGCUCUCGGAAUGAGCAAAGAUGUCAGGCGGAGCAUCAGCCAAGGGCAAAGAGUCUCAGACUGUGGCAGGCUGACAUGCACACACAGCCUUUCAGGGUUCAUGGAUCUCGCAGCCUGUUCUCUAUGCUCCGCGCACAUUGUAAUGGCUUCCUUCCGCGAUCGGAGAGAGGAAAAUGGUGGAUAUAUAACA